GCGCCGUGGCUGAGAGUGAAGAUGGCGGACGGGGAGGGAGAAACGAAGCUCGACUGGGGAGAGCGGCCGCAAAACACAACCGCGGACUCGCCUGUCGCCAUGGACAGCUUGCUGGCCACUCUGCGAGGGCUGGAAGACGAACUGCGACAGCAGGAAAUUUCAGAAGCCUCGUCCAGCGAGUACUGCAACAGUUUCUGUCAGGCCCUGAUGCACUAUGCCGGCAGCAGGAACUCCAUGGAGCACGGCCUGCCCCUGCUGGAGGUCUACUGCCUUUCCAUCACCUGCUUCGCCGCGGCCAGACCCCACCUGACUGCCGACUCUGACAAGGUGGCCCUGGUGCUGAAGAGGCUGUCGCUGAGCUGUUUUGAGCUGCUUCUUUCUGUGCCUGAGAAUGAAAUCCCUUAUGAAGCCUGGAUGCAGUUCCACCGGUCUGUUCAGGCGGCCCAUAAUGCCUUGCUGGAGUACGGGAGCACAGACCUGCAGGCCUUGGUUCAGAUAACAGGAGAAGGGGGUGCAUGGAGCAACCCUGUCCUUAUCGCGCUGCUUACCGGCCAACCCACAAACCAAGAGGAGGUGGACAGCUACAUCGCCCUGGAGGGGGACGGCUUCAUGGAGAUGCGCAUCAAGCACUUAGUGAAGGUCGGGGACGUGGCCAAGGCCAUGAUCCUGGCCAAGGCCUGCGCUGACUGCAGCAGCAUCUCCAACUGCAUGGCAUUCCGCCAGACCUACGUCUCCCACCUCUGCGACAUGCUGCCCAGCGACGAGGCCAUCAUGGAGAUCGCCCGAGUGGACGGAAAGGAGGUGCUGGAAAUCAUCUGUAACCUGGAGACGGAGGGCCAGGAGAAUAUGGCUUUCAUCCUCUGCACGACCUACCUGACCCAGCAGCUACAGCAUGAGAGAUUAUACUGCUCCUGGGAGCUGACUCUGUUCUGGAGUAAGCUGCAGCGGAGGAUCGACCCAUCUCUGGAGUCUUUCUUGGAGCACUGCCUGCAGCUAGGUGCCAUUGCCAAGACUGUCUACCAUCUGCUCUUCCUGGUUCGAGUUAUCCAGACAGAGGCAGAGCAGCUGGGCCUGGCAGCAUCAGUGGAACUGUGCGUCAGAGCGCUCCAGCUUCCGAGGGAAGAGGACACAGAGACAAAGACCUCUGUCUGCAAGACAGUGGCCUGCCUCCUUCUGGAUGAUUUGGAGGUGCAGCGGGCCUGCCAAUUGACUGAGUUCCUCCUGAGCCUUUCGAAGGGAGCGUACGACUCCCUAGAGGAGCUAUAUCUGCGUCCUGAUCAAAAAUAUGAUGAGGAGAAUGCUAUAAUCCCAAACUCCCUGCGCUGUGAGCUGCUCCUGGCCCUUAAAGCCUACUGGCCCUUUGACCCUGAAUUCUGGGACUGGAAGACUCUCAAGCGCCACUGCAUCCAGCUCUUAGGGCUCGAACCUGAGGCUGAGGAGGAGGAAGAAGAGGAAGAAAUUAGCCAUGAGCGGGAGGUAGAGAAUGACAAGCAGGAAAGCUCACACGGAGGCAUUGGGAUGGGGAUGGAGGAGCCAGGUGGGUCAGGGGGCAGUGGCAAUGAACCUGAGGUAAAGCACUUGGAAGGGCAGGACAAAGAGGCACCAGCCACACAAAAAGCAGCACCCUCCAAGAAGAAAGCACCAGGCACCUCUGAGAGGUACCUGAGGUGGCAGAAAUACAAAUUCUUCUGCUUGAUUUGUCAGAGGGAAGUGAUUGAGGCGCGGAUUCUCCACCACUCGAGGAAGCAUGUGGAGAAUGGUGUUUACACCUGCCCUGUCUGCCUGCAGAAGUUCCACGGCCGGCAGGAGUUUGUCCCACACACCAGCGAGCAUAUCCAGAUGCCUGCACGGAGGCCUCUGCCUCAAAAGAAGAAGAAAGUGAAAAAGAAGAUAGACCUGCGGAAGGAGAUGGAAGACGAUGACCUGGAUGACCUGGAGCCUGGUGAGAUCACCUUGGACCCUUCCCUGCUAAUGUACUACCAGACCACCCAGGACCCAGAUGUCCUAGAGCACUUGCUGGAGCAGGCUGCCACCAUGCCUCAGAAGCCUGCAGAGGAUGAUUACAUCACUUUUGAAUACAUCGACACCCACUUCCAGCUACAGGAUCGGGAGGUGUACCCUUGCCCUGCCACAAACUGCACCAAAAACUUCAAACAUUUCAAGUACCUGAGUGUGCACCUGAAGGCAGAGCAUGACAAUGGGGAUGACAAUGUUAAGCACUACCUGGAGAUGAAGGACCGUCGGGAGAAGUGCACCUUCUGCCGCCGACACUUCAUGACAGCCUACCACCACCGCAAGCACCGACGGGUGCACUAUGGAGACCAGCCUUACAUGUGUGUGGUCAGUGGCUGUGGUGCUCGCUUCAACACAACCAAUGAGCUGAUUGCUCACAAGCAAAGCCACGGUUUCCGGCUCAGCUAUCGCUGUGAGCUCAAAGGAUGUAGCCUCUCCUUCUGCGACCUCGGGCAACUGUACCAUCACGAGGCCCAACACUUCCGGGAUGCAGCCUACAGCUGCACAAACCCUGGGUGCAAGAAGUUUUACUACUCCAAAAAAGACUUCCUCAAACACUUGGCCACUCAUGGCAUCUCAUUCUCUGAGGAGGACUUUAUUGCCCAGAGGAACAGGAAGCGGAAGCCUGCAGAUCCUUUCAUGGAAGAUUCUAGCAGUGCUAAAAAGCCCAUCAUGGAAGAGCUUUUAAAUGAUGUGAAAAAUGAUGCAGCUGGGUUUUCCCCAGCUGGGACUUCAUCUUCCUUCCAACAGUCAGGCAGCAAGGAGCCUAAGGGCACACUGACUUGUGUCGCCGUGUGCUUUGAUGGCAAAAAGUUCACUUGUGGCUUUGAGAGCUGUGGCAGGACUUUCACCCAAGCUAGAGAGAUCCAGAGACAUCUCAAGUGUGUCCACCCAGGACAGUUUAAGUCAGAGAAAAAGGGACAGAGAAAGCUCAACAAGGAGAAGAGCACAAAGACUAAGGAUAUUAAAGUAGAGCAGAGUGGUGCAGACAAGAGCACACAGGGGCAUUCCAGUUGUUUGCCUACCCAAGGAUCGAACCAGGAGAGGUCCUGUUCUCCUGCAGUAGAUUCCCUUGACCCUUAUGUGUCACCCCCUGUAAGCCCAGGGAUUGAAGACCCCCUAAGGGACAUCUUGAUGGGCCUGAGCCAGUUGAGCUUAAAGCCCUCCAGCCCCAGAAACUCAUUUUGUGAUCCUUGCUAUCCUAUCUCAGGGUCUUCCAUUUCACAGGUGUCUUGCCCCCCCACCAUGAGUGCCAACUCUACUCCAAAAACAAUGCGGAAGAAGGCUGCAUCAAAAUCCCAGCCCAGUGUUGGCAGCAGUGAAAAAACAAUGUCAACAGCUGAGUCAUUGCAAACCCCAUCUCUGCCUCUGGACAUGCCUCUCCAGAUGGAUCACCAGAUAUCCAGCUUCUUGGUUCAACCCUCCACCAAGCCUUAUGCUUGUGAGGUCAAAGGCUGCGGGUUUAAAAGCGUGACCAGCAGCGCCCUCAUGAGCCACUAUGUGAGGAAGCACAGUUUCUCCAAGGAGAGGGUGAAAGGAAUGGAUAUCUUCAGAACGAAUAAGUUCAAGCCGUUCAAGUGCCACCUGUGUCCCAAGGGUUACAGGCAGAAGUCGGAGCUUAGGGUCCACUAUCUUCAAAUGCACAACAUCAGUGAGGCAGUGGUAGAGCAGAUGAGUUGCUCAUUGAAGAGAAGGGAGGAAGGCAAAGCCACUGAACCCUCCAAGCCCAAAGUUAGCCUUAAGCAAAGCACACCACUGCAGAAGAAGGCGGGGAAAGUGCAAAAGGAAGAACCUGCCAUAUGGCAACAGAAGUACCCAAAGAAAAAAGGGGCUUUGUGGAAGCUGAAGUUAGAGCGUGAAAAUGGCAUUGUUAAGGCUGAAGACAAGAACAAGAAGGCAGACAUGAAAGCCAAGCCCUCUCCAGCACUGCAGAGCAAUGGUGAGGAGGAGGAAGUGGAAGAGCGAGCCUCUCGUGAAGGAAGGGGCAGUCGACGCCUGGUGGCUAAGGGCAACCUGUGUUACAUUCUCACCAAGUACCACAAGCCCUACCACUGUGUGCACAAAGACUGCAGCUCAGCCUUCACCCACCAAAGUGGCCUGGUGCGCCACCUACAGUCGGUGCACCGCUAUAACCGCUCCCAGCUGUGCCUGGAAGAGGAUGUGGAUUACCAUCACAGCACAGGAGUCAAGAGGGACACGGCAAAACCACACCGGCUGUCCUGCAAGCACAAAGGCUGCCGGAAGCACUUCCACAGUUCCUCCAGCCUGUGGCGACACUAUCGCAGCCACCACGCGGCGGAAGAAGCAAUGCCCGCUUCCCCUGAAGCAUCGGAGGCCGCAGGACAUCCCAGCCCCCCAGAGCCGACAACUCCGAUUUCAGAAGAGCCAAUACGGCAGUUCAGGUGCUGUUAUGGCGACUGCAAUGCCACCUACCACCUCUACAGCAGCUUACUCCGGCACACAAGCCACGUCCAUCGCAACCAGACACCCCAGAAGCUCCCGCCGCAGCAGGUGCACUGCAAAUUUGAGGGCUGUACACGCGUCUUCUCCCAGAACUCCAGCUACAAAAAGCACGUGUUUUACCGGCACUGCGACUACUAUGACUCCUUGGUGCUGCGUCUGCAGAACGCCCACAAGAAGGACAAGUCGGCCAGUGGGUGCCAAAAGAAACUGAUUGUAACUGCUGCCUCCAAGCCAGCACCACCACAGAAAGAUGCAUCCAAGCUACCUCUAAGGCAUUCUUUAAGACACUGCCCCAAGUCUCAAGAUGCCAUUCAGGCUGCGGAGAGCAUUGAGGAGAUUACAGAGGAGCCUGUCAAAAAGCGCGUUAAAGCCCGCUGUCCCAGGAAAAGGGAUCCUGAGUUAGUCUUCCGCACGCAUGAAGAGGCCCUACAGAUGUGCCAAGACCGUUGUUUACCUGUGGCAUACCCUUGCAUGGUGCAGGACUGUGACUCAGUCCUCACCGUGGAGAGCAGCAUGCGCCGCCACUACUUAAAGUGCCACAAGAUGUCCUGCCACCAGUUCAACACAAACCAGGAGAAACUGGUCAACAAUGCAGAACAGCUGGAGGAGCUGAUCCAGAAGAAAUCGGCCCUCUCCACACGAUCAGACAUGGCCCGCGCCCCCAACGGCGUCCUGAAGGUGGAGUAUCAGGCGGAGCCGGAGAACCCUGGGGGCCCGUCGCUGCCGAUGAGCCUGCACUCCAUCAAAACGGACCCGCUGGGUGGACAGGACCCCCUCGGGUUCAGCGAGGAGGUGCCUGCUGAGAGUAGCGUGCUGGUGGGUGCUGAUGACCUCCUUUACGGGGAGCCCCUGAAGAACGGGCACGGUGGGCAAGAGGAGCUCCCGACUCAGAGCAGCCAUGGUCUGCAGUCCCCGGUGCCUCCCUUAGUGCCUCCCCCACUUGACCUCUCUCCACCCUCAUCCCUCCGUUUCACUGUGGAUGAGGGGUUCAUGGACUGUUCGAGCAAAGAAUGUGGAGGCAGGGUUGUUGCAAAUGCCUCUGUACCGUUCCCUGUCACUCCAACCCGCCAGCCACUAAAGCGCAAGAAUGAGCUUUCUGAGCCCCUGCCCACUCCCCAGCCCAUGCCCAAGGACUCCCAGCCACUUGGCUCCACCCCACGCACCUUUGACCUGACAGCGUACAAGCCCAUGGGUUUUGAGUCGUCCUUCCUCAAGUUCAUCCAGGAGAGCAAGGACAAGGAGGAUGAGUUUGAGGAGGGGGGCCCCUGGGGGUCACAUCCCCGGGCUGAUCCCCCGGUAAUGACGCCACGCCGGCGGGACUCCCAUCGUCGCAACUGCUCCGUCAAGGAGAAUAGCCAGAGGGGCCUAACCGUCACCCGCAGCCGCCGGUCCCGACCAUCACCUCUCAAACCCCUGCUUUCCGCGGGGGAAUACGCUUCAGUCCAGAACCUGCGCUCUAUCCUGGACCGGGCCCUGACUGGCUGUGGUGACCUGGCAAUCAAGCAGCUACAGUACCUCAGGCCAGUAGUGGUGCUGGAGAGGUCCAAGUUCUCCACUUCCCUGCUUGAUCUGUUCCCCACUAAAAAACCUGAAAAACUACUCCGUGGAAGCUCUUAA